AAAAGUCAUUCAAAGCAAAAUAAUAAAAUUUUAAAUUAGAUUUUUAAUUUUUAUUUCCCUCUCAAAAAAUUGAAUUUUCCCCACAAUGACCGGUACAAUAGCCCAGGAUAUGUUCCUCUUGGACUGCCCCGGAUAUGAGGAUUAUUUGGAUACAUUUGUAACGCGCAGCGAUAUACGUUUUAUACGAAAUGUACGCUUUUGUCGCAUGCUCGUGGAGUUGGGUUAUCGUUCGCCCACCGACAUAUAUACACCGGAACAAUUCCAACAGCAUAAGGCCGCUGUCCAAGAAUCGCUGUGGCCCAUCAAGAAAUCAACUAUCUUUUUUAGUGAUGGCAUGAAAUCACAAGAUCCGGUGCUAAUCGAAAUGGCCAAUCGGGAGAGGCCGAAUGCACAGAAAAUGAUAUCGACAAUCAUAUUCAUAAAACACCGCUUGAAAACCGGUUUCGAAAUAUCCGGUUACAUUGACUAUGAGCAAAGUUUACACCAGGCAAAUCUGCAAGAGGAAAAUUGCACCGAUUGGGCGGCCAUCUUUGGCGAGCGCCUAAAACUAAGACCCAAAACCACCGAUCUGAGCUUUUUCGACUGGCACAAGGGCCUGGUGCUGUACAAUGAAUCGGAUAAUUAUCUGGUGCAACAUGAUGUCCACUACGGGUUGAUUUUCAUGCACAAAGGUGAUCACAAGAAGGUCUGUGUCGAUAUCGAUAAACCGGAAUAUAGUAAAAAUUGUACGCGGUCAAUGCAUUUCUCGGAGCGGUAUGGGCAUGUGGUGUUCUACGAUCAUGUCAUACGGAAAAAGAUUUGAAAAGUACCAGGUGGGACGGCUCUCUCUCUCUCCUUCUCUCUCUCGCUCGCUCUUGAAUUUGAAUAAAACUGAGAAAUAAA